UUCAGUGGAAGACGUGAGUCUGCUACCGACAGUGGAAAAACUUUUCAGCCAAUUUCCAGUGUCUCAAUGCAAAAAAGUCGGUGAGGUGGCACUUUUCCUUGCGCACACGGCCAGGUGUGAGGACUUCACCAGGAAGACACAGUGACUGGCCAGAGCGCGCCAAGGGAAUCGGAGGCGCGUGUGAGUGCGGAUGAGAGCGGAAAAACAUAGAAAGAGAGUUUUUCCCGUGAUAUUUGAACAGGCUGCCGGCUGUUGUUUGAAUUGACUGAUAAAAAGCAAACAGACAGUAUCACACGACCAGUGCGGUGAAGUAAACAGAGUAAUAAUAAUAGGAGAGAGGGAGAGAUGCUGCCCAGAAUGACGCCUCCGCUGUGGAUUCUGCUUUUGGCGUCGCUCCACUGGUCAGAGAUUGCGGGCACUCAAGGAGUCGCUGCGCCAUCACGCGAUCGCGCGGAUAAUGUGGAUGAGACAUCAGAUAUCGAGGAGAAUUUCAUCGCCCUCGUGCCAGACCGAACUGAUGAAAUGCGGAGUAAUGAAAUUUCCAUCAAUCCCAUUGCAACACUGGUGCUCUCAGAGUAUCCUGGCCGCAGAGAGCGUGAUUAUAGGAAUGUAUCGAUGAAAUCCACCCCCAGCCACUCAUCCAAAUCACUCACGAGUCAAGAAGUGGAAGACAAAUGGCCAGCCGGCGGCAAGGGUCGAGGCUGGCACAGCCUGGCGAAGCAGAAAUAUCAUUCGAGAACCGCUAAGCGCCACAACCGCAAACAUCACCACCAUAAUCGGGCGGCAAAGAAGAGAUCCCGACCGCACAAUUACUACUUUGAGAGCGAGGAAAGUCGCUCGCCAUACAAUAGUCGCGACAAGUGGCCCAAUUUGUUGCGCCUGCAGAGUCAAUUGCAGCAGGAGAAGGAAGAAGAUAUUCCGCCGUACAUGAAGAAGAUCAACCGGCGCACCAAACAGCUGAGAGUGCUGAUGGAGGGCGAUCCAACUGUGGCGCCGCGACGACUCAGGCAGCCUCCUUUCCGGUUUCCAGAGCCUCAAUGGAUGGAGGAGAAUCUCUUCGAGGAACAGCGCGCGAAUGUGAAGAAGUCGCCCUCGAGGAGCGCGAUCAAGGGUGGCUCGAGGAACUCUCUGCCGGGAGAAGAGUCGGAAGAGGCCGUAGAAAUGCCAGCAAUGCUGAAGAGCGCAACCAGAGCGGGAAACUUCAUCUACCAUCGCGUGCCAUCAGCAAAGCCGAGCACGGGACCCACUUUUGGGCGGGUGGUGAGGAAGCAAGGCCUUCCCUUUGUUGCCAUCACCGAUCGUCGCGCUAAGAUUCAUCCCUAAGCAUCUCUCUCCCUCACGUAGCAACAUCUAGCGUAGACUCCAAUGCCUUAUACUUGAGAGUACGUAGAGUAAAAUGAUAUACACGUAGGAAUAUAUGGUCAUUAACCUCACGUCAGACGGCCUCUUAGAGUAGAUUUGCAGAGAAACGUAACAUAUCUCCCAUGAAUUUCUUCUCAGACUAAACAAGGUACAGGAUUAGGAGUUGAAUAGGUCCUUAAGAGACGCUGCAUAUGUAAGAACAUAAUGUAUGUUUAUCAGGGAUGUGCCCUCUCCUUGUGGUGCUACUCUCUCAAAAUGCCUACAAUGCCUAUAAUUUCACUUGUUGGAGCUUCCAAUCAUGAGGAUUUCUUACACAAUAUAUUUACCCUUCGAACGCUGUAAAGUCGUCACAAUGGCAAAUAUAAUAAGAAUACAAUAAAUAUCGAACAUGAAAGGUUGCAUUGUUAAAAUUGCUUUCCUCUGGCACAUCCCAUGUUCGAAGAGCGAAUAUUGAAUUUCACGCUCCAGAAAUAGUCUGAAAUGAGUAAUCAUGAAAAUUUUAAAUAAUCCACAGAAUUCAUUGAAUAUUUAGCAAUUAGUCCUUUCAUUCGACUCGCUAAUUUAGCUGGAUUUGUGGUGAAAGCAAAUGUAAGUUCAAAAGCUACAAAAAGCUUCGAACAAAUUCCCAAAUUAGCUCAAUAUUUCAUAAUUUCUGCAUUAUUGCUCAAUGAAGACUCGCGAAAAGCAGCCAAAUUCGGCACAUUAAUUCUCACCUAAUGAGAUAUUUAAUUGAUUUAGGCAAUUUGUCAAGAAAUGCGUAUUUUGCGGUUGCCAUAAAUUCAAACACAUUAAAAGUGUACGUAAAUCAAAUUGAAAAUUGCGGCGGAGAAAUUCAAUGUUCGCCACAUUUCAAAUAUAAAAGUAUAGCGCUCUCCAUUGACGGUAUAAUUGACUUCCAGAGGGAAACUUUUAGUUUGUUGAAAUGUAGAAAAAUUGUGACAAACACAAAAAGGAUAAAAAAAAAUGUCAGUAGCGAUAGUGAAAAAUUCCCCUAUUUCGUUUCUAUUUAUAAAAGAAUAAUAAAGAGCAAUGAAGUAGAUGUAUAAAAAUAAUUCUAUACAAGUUCUGGUUAUAGUUUGGCAAAUAAA